CCGUUGCCUCUCCUCCCCCCUUGCCCAGCCAACGGCUACCGUCUCCACGAGAGAAAAGGGGGAGAUGGCGGAGAGCCCUAGGUCCGCACCACGGCGGACGCCUGCCGCCAAGAGCGGCGCGGGCCUGCUCAGUCCCCGGUUCCGCUCGGCGGCCGAGCUGGCCGGCUGGGACGAGGAGUCCAUCCUCCUCGCGGCGCUCGUCGUCGAGGACACGCCGGUCCGCGAGUCCCGCCGCAAGAGGCGGCCCUCCGGCUCCUCCACGGCGGGCGGCAGCGCCGGAUCUAACACCAGGAAGCGGAGGUCGCGGAGGCAGUCGGCGGAUGAGACACCGAUCCCGCCCGUGGCGCUUGUGCUCGACGACGACGAGAAGCCGAACGACCAUGAAGGUGGCAAGAAGGAGGUAAAGCAGGCGGAGGAGGAGAAGGAGAAGGUUUCUGUGGUGGAUGGGAAGGAGAAGUCCGGAUCUGCCAAGGAAGGAGAAGCAGCGGCGAGUGGCGAGCUGCCGUGUAUGGAUCGGCUUAGGGAGGAGCUGUCUUGCGCUAUUUGCUUGGAUAUCUGCUAUCAGCCAAGUACCACGCCUUGUGGUCACAGCUUUUGCAUGCAAUGCUUAAAACAUGCCGCCUCUAAGUGUGGAAAGCGGUGCCCAAAAUGCCGUCAGUUAAUCAGUAAUUCAAGAUCUUGCACUAUCAACACAGUGCUCUGGAACACCAUCCAACUCCUAUUUCCUAGCGAAGUUGAGGCGAGGAAGAGCUCCAUGGCCUCAUCCUCAGCAAGCAAGGACGAUGUGAAGCAAAGCCUACCAAGAAGCAACAACUAUACACAAGUUGGCGUUAGGAACACCAGUGGCAGUAGCAGCUUCACCACACAGGACUACACUAGAAUAGGCAACAGCACCAGGAGCUCCUUAGCAGCAGGCGGCAGAAGAAGUAUGCCGGUCCCAGGAACCAUGAACACCAGCAGUGGGAGCUCUGACACACAGGGUAGGAGCACAAGAAGCAGAGACAGUGGCAGAGGCUUUGUCCGGGCGUCAGAGUUGGUUGCCACCAGGAGUUCAGCGCGGUCAGGCCAAUCUGACGACGCUUCACUUGCAUACAGGUUGCAGCAGGAGGAGUUCAUGACAGCUUUCGAUAAUGAGGGGGGAGAGAGGCAGCCACAGAACACCAUAUCUACUGCCCGAGCAAAUUUGAGAGCUAUGGCCUCUCGAGCCGAGAGGGCAGUUCUCCUUCGUGACAAUGAGGGAGAGAGGCAGCCACAGGACACCAUAUCUACUGCCCGAGCAAAUUUGAGAGCUAUGGCCUCUCGGGCCGAGAGGGCAGUUCUCCUUCGUGACAGUGAGGGAGAGAGGCAGCCACAGAACACCAUAUCUACUGCCCGAGCAAAUUUGAGAGAUAUGGCCUCUCGGGCCGAGAGGGCAGCUCUCCUUCGUGCUCGCGGCUGGCCUCUUUAGUUUGGACUGAUUUUCAGUUUCCCAGUACCUGAAUCUUUCUCUGGAAGAAUGUAGCAUAAGUACUGUGGUGUGAUCAAUCACUUGUAUUGUGUGAAAGUAAAACGACGACAAGCUAUAUUUGUUUCCUGUAAUACACACAAAUUUAGAUUGCAUUACUAGAUAA